AUGUCUGGACCGUCUAGUGCUCGAGAGGCCAGAAUCCAUACCCAACCAUCGAAUCGUGCAAAUGCUUCCUUAGGCAAGGGAAAGAGCAAGGCUGAAGAUGAUCGCCGUGUGGUGUAUAAGUCUGUGUUGGAGAACCCCUACCAAAUAAAGUGGCCCCAGACGCCUUUGAAUGUUCAAAACAGUCUCUUGGCUUGUCUGGCCGAUCUUUUACCCGAGGUGGCUAGUUACCAUAUCGCUCGCGAAACUAAAGCUCGAAAACGGAAGUCUUCUCUGCGAGCAGCUUUACAUCAGACCAAAAGGAAGGAAGUGUCGUCCGAGGCAUCUCAAGCACAAACUCCCAACUCUAGGAAACGACGCCGAGAUGAAGAUAACCCAGAUAAUCCCAAGCGCACCAAGGUUGACCAUAACGAAACGAAUAAUAAAAAAACCAGCACUUCGUCCUCCAGUCUACAAAGCCCUGGGAUCAAUGUACUCAGCAAACUAACCUAUUCAUCUAAUUCUCACGAUGCUGGACCAUCCGCUACUGCGGCUGAUUCGAAAGCAGACGAGUCUACCUCUCACACGGCUCCAACUAUUCCCUUACCCCCACUUCUCAAUCACUGUGUCUUUGGAAUCAACGAAGUCACCAGACGACUCGAAUCUCAGAUCCACCCUGACGUGCUUGGGGCCGAAAUCGCAUCCAACGCAACAUCCAAACCUAAACUUCGAUUUGUGGUUGUGUGUCGAACAGACGUCGACCCACCUAUCCUUAUAGAACAUCUUCCAGUGCUUGUUGCAUCCUGUAACUCAGCGAUUCCUAGUAGCUCAGAAGAUAGCAUGUUUAUCAAGCUGGUCACACUUCCGAUGGGUGGGGAGCACACACUUGCGGAAGUAGUUGGGCUACGACGGGUGGCAGUAAUGGCACUGGACGCAGAGACACCUGGGUUGGAACGAUUAGAAUCAUUACUUUCGUCUAUUAUACCUCUACGCGCUUCAUGGUUGGCCCCGCCUUCGAAUAUUAGCCAAGAGCCUAAGGAGCUUAUUCCUACACAUGUAAAACAGUUGAAGACUUCAGCACCUAAAGACAUGAAGGCACACAGGGAAAAACGGAAACGUGAAGUUGGAGAGGCUAAAGAGGCGUCCAAAACGGCCAGUAUUGACGGAAGCAGGAGAAAGAGACGAAGGCUACAGCCCGAGAGCAGAAAUGAUCCGAGUACCGAAGAUCCUUAA